GCUGAACGUUAUCGUUAUUAGUGAGAAUGUAGCUCGCAUCUAGUACUUUUCCUUCUUUUUACGAAAUCGCUGAAUUUCAUAUUUAUAGAUUGACCAUUAAUCGACAUUUUCCGCAAAUCUCCUGAAUUAGCACGCUGCAUUUUGAUUUUUUAUUUACGUAUCUCGAUGAAUUCGAUUUUCGAUAACGAGUAACAGAAAUAGAUCGAUACACGAGUGUGACAAAUAUUGGACUACUAUUAAUCGUUUACUGUACUACAUUCGAACAUUAUCGUACUGUAAAUAAAAAGAAAGAAUGGCAGAAAACGAAACAAGAUCGCUGCUCGGACAAGAACUGAAACAACUUACAUUCGGAUGGACCGAUUACACAUUGUUCAGUGGUCUUUUAGGGAUCAGCGUCCUCAUAGGGAUUUAUUUUGGCUGUUUUGGCAAGAAACAGGAUAACACUACCGAGUAUUUGCUCGGAGGGAAAACAAUGUCCUGUUUUCCAGUUAGCAUGAGUUUAAUUGCCAGUCACGUAUCGGCGGUUUCUUUGCUCGCUAUACCCGUCGAAGUAUAUCAGUAUGGUACACAAUAUGCCGCCUGCAUUUUUACAUCGAUUAUAUCGUGUGCUCUCGUUUCGCUUAUCUACUUGCCAGUAUUUUAUCAAUUACAACUGACCAGCACGUUCGAAUACCUGGAGAUGAGAUUUACGAGGCCCGUUCGGACAUUCGCCUCGUUUCUUUACACGCUUUCUUUGAUCAUUUACGUCCCUCUGAUCAUAUACGUACCAGCGUUAGCAUUUUCCCAGGCAACGUCCAUCAAUCUUCACUUGAUCACCCCGAUAAUUUGUACCGUGUGCAUAUUCUACACGACUAUCGGUGGAUUGAAAGCCGUUGUAUGGGCCGACACUAUUCAAAUGACUGUAACGUUGGGAAGUUUAUUCGCGGUAUUCAUAUUGGGUACUAUGGCUGUAGGCGGUAUAUUCCAGACUUGGAGGAUAUCGGAAGAGGGUAGCAGAAUAGUGUUUUGGAACAUGGAUCCAAGUCCGUUCGUUCGAAAUUCUUUUUGGGGCAUGUCCGUUGGUAUGACGAUGACGUGGUUAUCAGGGCUCGGUAUCAGUCAAAUAUCGAUGCAAAGAUUUCUAGCUGUGCCGAAUAUCAAGGAAGCGCAUAAGUCAAUAGCGUUUAUGGGUUUAUGUAUGGUAGCUAUAAAAUGGAUAUCCGUUUUUACCGGUCUUAUAAUGUACACUAGAUACCAUAAGUGUGAUCCUAUAAGCACACACGUAAUUUCCAGGAGCGACCAAUUACUUCCAUAUUACGUGUUGGACGUUGCUGCAGAUAUUCCGGGACUACCUGGUCUUUUUCUAGCCGGUCUUGUCAGCGCUGGUCUGUCGACGAUGAGUGCUAAUUUGAACACAGUUGCUGGUACAAUUUACGAGGAUUUUAUCGAUCCUUAUUUACCCGAUAGUAGCGAGAAAGAGAAGAGAGCAGCGAAAAUUAUGAAGGCUAUCGUGGUGGUCGUAGGAUUAAUUUGUAUGUCGCUGGUUUUCAUCGUAGAUCGUUUAGGCGAUAUUUUUCGAGUUUCUUUGACCCUUCACGGUGUAACGAGUGGCGCGAUGUUAGGUAUAUUCACCCUGGGAAUGUUAGUACCAUGGGCAACGUCGAAAGGUGCCAUCGCCGGUGGAUUGCUUUCCAUGUUGGCCAUGAUUUGGAUCAUAGUCGGGGCUCAGGUGAACAUGAUUCAAAAACGCUUGGUUUAUCCGCCUCUUUCUACGUCGACCGAAGAUUGUUUGAACGUGGAGAUGGCGUCGAACCAAACGACAACGAAUACGGGUGACAUUUUAUCGAGCGCGGACGACGAACCGUUUAUUUUGUUUACCAUAUCGUUCAUGUAUUACGCUUUGGUCGGUUUUCUGAUAUCGAUGGUGGUCGGAACGAUAGUCAGUUUUCUGUUUGGCGUUAACGAUCUAAGCGAAGUGGAUAGAAAUCAUUUUCCACCGAUAGUUCAGAGAUUUCUACCAGCGAAAAAAUACACCGAGGUUCCAAUGCAUUCGAUAUCGAACACGCUGGUGAAGAACGCAGAAAUGGAAAAGCUGAAUUUGUAAAAUUCUCUCUGACGUUGUGUUCAUAGAAUACAUAAAGUCCAACUAAACGACUAUUAAUUUGUACGUUACGACGAAAGAAAGUUUUUAAUAAAAUUAAGAACCUUCGAAGACAAAGGAAUCGCCGUGCGAUAAGCAUCGAAGCGCAGUCCUGCUCGACCAUUUGGCAUAACAAAGUUCUACAUAACUGGUUCGUUCUGGGUUGAAAGCACCCAUUAGACCCUCGAGGAGGGUGUCAAAUUGACUAGAUUAUAUAUCUGUCCCACGCAUCUCAAUACAAACAACUCGUUUAUACAUCUGGAGGAACGAUGCCUAUCGGAUUAGGACGAAUGGAAAUGCGAAGGGUGUUUUUCGUCCAGUCAUUCGUCGAGUUGAUCUUGAAAAUCCGCGAAAGAUCGAUCGUAAAAUAUGCGCGACGAUGGUUGCACGUGUCUACGACCGUGCUUCUUCCAUUCAAUGAAAUUUUAAAGAUACGGCCCAUUCCAAAAGAAUCAAACAAUGCUACGUUCAAAGGCCGUAAUUUAAUUUUAUACGAUGUUUUCAUCGAACACGAGGUCCGUUCGAUACGGCAUAAAGUUGUUACGUUUUAUUGCGAAUAUACUUUAUCGUUUCACAAACGGCAACUCGCGGCACAGAUUGAAAAAUUCUCUACGAUUUAUCGUCCAGUGGCUUACUGUUAUCGUUCACAAUAGAGACGACAUUGUUGUAGUCUGUAUGAAAAAUCAAUAGCGAAGAUAUAUUAAAAUCGUAGGAAAGACGCGUAUACGCGAUAAUGCUUUGAUCGCGGUGCUAUCGGUCACGGUUCACCGAACUUGGAUGUGUAACUAACGCAGCUUUCUAAGCUACCGCGUUAUUCUCUAGUGUUUAAUCCUUUUACAAGCAUUCGGAUCGCGUUCAUUACGGUGGAACGUUGCUUCACACUUUGGCGCAUUUUUACGAAAUUCUUUUCUCGUGACAACUCGAUUUUUAGAAAACUACGUAUGCGGAUCCGGCGAAAAGGAAUAAAACGUUAAGAUUCCGAGGUGAAAGUCGACGAAGGAAGUAACCCUUAUCAAGGAUUCCAGAUAUUAUCCUCGGCUUUCAGAAGAACUUGGCCGGUAGACAGAGAAGAUCGUUGGAGAGAAGGCUGGUAGGGACGUUAUACGGCUGACGUAGAAACGCCACUUCUGUCUCGAACGGGAGACCACAUUCCACCGAACCAUUUUAUUUUAUUGGACUGAAAGGUGUCAAAUAUAGGUGGCAAAGGCCCUCCUACUUACA